AUUGCUCACACUGUGACACCCCUGCUCUGUGUGUUAAGUUUAAAAGAGCCUGCUCAGCCUCAUGUACGCUCAGUGGGCUUCCAGUGCUGGACGGUAGCCAAAGGAUUGCUCAGGAACAACACAGGAAGAAGCCACAGGGGCAAACAGUGGCAGUGGAACAUCUGAUUUACCUAACAAUAAUCUUGUUGCAUUCUGAGAAAGGCAAAAAUACAUACCAAUAUUAACAUCAGAAUGUAUGCGCCUGGGGCUGUGUUGGCCCUCUGUCUGUCUUGCUUUUUGAACGGGAAUGUGUUUGGUUAUGCAUAUGGAGAGGAUUACUCUGAUCUCUACUACAAUGAAAUCAUUAAUGGUGACCUCCAGCAAACAGGAGCCACUCAAAGUCCCUGCCAGUCCCAAGAUAUCUUGCGCUGGGACAAACUUUUUAUCAUGCUGGAGGACACUCAGAUGAGGCAAAACAUGCUCUUGCAGCAGAGUGAAGACAUGGCUAAGGUGGAGAUGAAUGACAUACGGAAGGAACUCCAGAAGCUUAGUUCUAACAACAACAAAGCAUGUGCCCAAGUCUUAGAGAACACUUGCAAAGGUAUAAAGGAGCAGAUGAACCUCAAACUAAACAAAGUCAUGGAGCAGCUUCGAGAGGCUGCAGAUAAGUUUCAAGCCCAAAAAAAUGAAACGUUGCAGCAGCUUCUGCAGUUCAGCAUGAGCCAGGCCACACGUCUCACCAAACUUGAGAGCAACUUCCUGCAAGGAGUAGGUCUGACACAAGUGGCCAUGAAAUCUUUACCCACAUACCCAAAGGAACAAGAGGCAAGCAGUGCUGAUAGCGGGAAGCUGGAGAGAACGCUAAUUGCCACCGCUGCAGAUCUGCAAAGGGUGCAUGCCCAGCUAGCCCUUUUCCAAAGAGCAAUUGCACACCAUUAUAUCCCUUCAGGCUGUGAAAUGGCUUUAUUAUUUCCAAUGCGUUCCAAGCACAUCUUUGCAGAGGUGACACCCUCCAAAUCAUUCUCCCUACGAUCAUUUACAAUCUGCAUGUGGGCCAAGGUGACUCAGUCUCUGAACAGAACAGUGCUUUUCUCUUAUGGCACCAGGAAAAACACUCAGGAGCUCCAGCUUCUCUUGGCAAGGCGCUCUUUGCUCCUAACAGUGGGUGGUGAGACCCAUCUAGUGGAAGCUCACAACCUAGUAACAGAUGGGCAGUGGGCACACUUCUGCGGAGCCUGGAGCUCAGACCAGGGGCUGGCCACUUUGUGGGUGAAUGGAGAGAGAGUUGCCAAUGUUGCUGGGGUAGCCGAGGGGCACAUAUUGCCUGGUGAUGGAUUCAUUCUGCUUGGGCAGGAGCGCAGCCGGUUGGGUAUCUACAAAAAACUGGACUCAUCCGUAGCCUUCACAGGAAAGAUGACAGGAGUAAACAUGUGGGACCAUGUGCUGGAAGCAGGAAGGAUAAAAGAGUAUGCCAAAGAAGACGGAUCAUGUGAUAAUCGUGGGAAUGUGAUUGGAUGGGGUGUCUCAGAGAUCAUUCCACAUGGAGGUUCUCAGUACAUCAACUGAAGCUACACAAUUUUUGUACAUUAAGAGGAAGAGAUAUUAUAUUUUAAAGUAUCAAUGAGUUUGUAUUGACCUCAGUGUUUUAUACCACUGCUUUUAGUUCUUGUUCAUACCAAAUAAAGCUUAAACACUUUACACAAAGUUAAUCAAAACAGUUUAAUUCUGUGUGUUUUUUGUUUUUGUUUUUGUUUUAAUGCAUAAAUGAGAAAAUUGCAUUAGAAUGUAAAUGAAUUUGUCAAAUGAGUACCAAGCUAAUAAAUUCUUGUGGUGUGCCUUAAUGAGCCUAAUUAAUGGACUACAAAUAGCAGAUCUGUUUCUGUUGUUCCCAAUUUGACAUUUUAAUGACUUAAGGUGGGGCAAGUCUGGAUUUAUUUACAGCACCAUGCUGGACUGUUUACAUUGUUCACCAAUAAUUUGAAACAGAUUUGCCCUCUCUUGUAGUUUAUGUGCAAUUUACAAUGUUUGGCUGGCUUAAUGCUGCACUGGUGUUAUUCUAAUGUGACUACUGCCAGUUGGUUCAGUCUGACUUCAAAUAAUACAAAAUAAACCCAAGCAAGGCGUUUGCCUAAACCAUUGUGACAGCAUCUAUUAAAUUACACCCUGUACAUGAAAUGUUUAUUACAAUGAGCUGUGUUUUCCAGUGCUAUCAGAGUCAUAAGGUCAUAAUAGCCCUCAUGUGUUGACUGACCUAAUUUAUUUAUGUGUAUGACAAGCCUAAAGACACUACAAUGGACCACGGUCUGGACUAUAGGUAACACUUUACAAUAAGGUUUCAUUUGUUAACAUUAGUUAAUGCAUUAGGUAUCAUGAACUAAGAAUUAAUAAUAUCUUUAUUACAACAUUUAUUAAUAUUUGUUAAUCUUAAUUAAAAUACAAUUGUUAAUUGUUUGUUCAUGUUAGUUCAUAGUGCAUUAACUAUUGUUAACAUAUACAACUUUUGAUUUUAAAAAUGUAUUAGUAUAUAAUUAAUAAAUGCUGUAAAAUAAUUGUUCGUUGUUAGCUCACGUUAACUAAUGUUUUUAACUAAUGUUAACAAAUGGAACCUUAUUGAUAUAUUAUAUAUUUUAUUUAUAUAUUUUCAUCCUAACUCUGUUUGUAACCAUGGUGAUUUUAGUUAGGAUAUAUAUAUGAGAGAGAGAGAGAGAGAGAGAGAGAGAGAGAGAUAGAAUUUUGAGUAUGACAACAUGUAGAUGUUUAGUUCCAUUUUUUUUAAGGUUUACAGUUGUUAGUUGAUGAUAAUUGAAAUGUAAGCACAGCGUAGUUCUAGUGGGAAGACUAGCAGCUGUACAUCAUCGCACCAUUAGCUAGGUAACUCCUAGCCAAUCACAUGUAAGCCAAUGCAUAAAACAUUGCUGUUUCAGUGUGCUAACACGGCAACCUCCACCACCCCACCACCAGCAGUUGAGUCCCGUCCUGCACAGGGGUAGGCUCCUCGCCCCUGCCUCCUAUCUCCGGCAGGAUAUGACGGUUCCGAGUACAACUUCUUCGGACCACCAGACGGGGCUUACGCCAAAGAGAGACAUUACAUUCUGUUUUAUAUACAUCAAAUAAAU